AUGUCAGAAGCACUGCAUCAUUGGCACAAGGAGUUUUUCGACCACGACUGUCAGUGGUGUCUAGUAGCCGUUGGCGCCUCAGAACUUGAUUUGCGGUUCUCGAUCCUACAGCCUGUCACAGGUUAUCGCCACUUCACUGGCGGAAUCUCGAAACUCAAACAAGUCACAGGGAGAGGUCACCGUGAUAUCCAACACUACAUCGUUGGCCUGAUAUCCAGCGCAGCCCCUCGUUGUUUUGUCAUCGCAAUCUGUGCCCUUAUGGAUGUUCGAUAUUUGGUGCAGAGCCCUGCUCCUGAUGAUGACUUAUUGGCAAGUAUAGACCGAGCCCUUAUGACCUUCCACAAAAAUAAGAACAUCAUCAUGACUUUGGGCACGCGGAUGGGAGCCAAGAAGCCUAUAGAUAACUGGUUUAUUCCCGAACUAGAAUUCCUUCAGAGUAUUACUUCUGGCACACGCAACGUGGGCGCUCUGAUUCAAUGGUCUGCAGACACGACUGAGCACGCCCAUGUUUCGGAAAUCAAAGACCCCGCAUGUCGUACCAAUAACAAUGACUACGAUCCCCAGAUCUGCCGGCAUCUAGAUCGAGAUGAAAAGUUGCGAUGUUUCGCAAUCGCCGCGAUGCUGAAGAGUCAUUGCACUUACCAUGAUCCCGAUGACAGGCCUGGAGAUGUUCCUGAGGAGGAGGAAGAUGAGGGGAUAAUCGAUUGUGACGAGUGGGAACAGGACGAUCCGCGAACUGCCCUUCUAGAAGAAAUGAACCACACCCGCGCCACCAUGAAUUACUUCAGUAAAGCAAGGCAAAUACUUGCUGCAAGGGAUGGAGCUAUUUCUCACCCUCCUCGAACAUCUAUCGCUGGUGGUACCACAAUCCACCUUAACUACAAUCCUUCUUGCACCAGAGUUAGUGUUGAUGACGUCACCACCACUUUCAACAUACUGGAUCUGCGUGUAGCACUUUCAGAAUUCUUGCUACAUGAUGCAAGGGAGAGAGGAGCAGUUUAUGGGGUGGGGGGUCCAAGAAGAAGGCCGUUGAUCGACAGGACUCCAAUCCUUCCAUUUGACCGUGUUCAACUAUGGUAUACUGUUCGCCUUCAGCAAACAUCUUUCCACAAUCCUAGCAUCACAUUACCAGCUCAAACCAUACACGCAUCUCCUCCUGGCCCUGGGUGGCCAAAAGGCCGACAUGACACUGUCCUUGUCAAUGUCGAAGGGGGGUCUGUGUGGCCUGAAUCAGGUCUAACAGGUCAUGCAAUAUGUGAAUUGCACCUCAUCAUACGUCCAAUACCUCAAAGAGGUUCUUGCAUCAUGUGGAGAAAUCGAUAUCUGUGCUAUGUGCAGGUUCUGACCAUUGGUUCGGUCGAUCCUGCCACUGAGAUGAUCAUUCUGAAAUGUGCCAAAUAUACUGAUGGCACUCCCGUUGGUAAUAUUGUUCCCCUGUGUCAACUUCGCUCUUUUAUCAGCCUCAUCCCUCGGCUAGGGGAUGUGGUGGAUGCACAGUUCACGAAAGCAAUGUCUAUGCACUAUUCUCAAUCAUUUCUUUUGAACAAGUACUUCGAUAAAGAUUUUUACUAUGCCCAUCAUUAUGCUUCAUGUAGGCAAUAG